GGCCCACGCUUCCAAUGGUGUUCCAAUGAGGUUAUUUUGAGGGGCUUGUGUUAUCAGCUGUUGUCUUGAGUCCUGUUGGACCCUCCUCAUUUCUCUGUUACUCUCGGCUGAAACUGUGGACUGACUUAUUGUCCUCCUUUUCCAGUUGAACUAAACAGUCGCAUAUGUGCAGAUGAUGGAGGGCAGUGGCCAGACCUCUGAAAACACCAUUGAACAAGUCAAUGGCACCGAGGAGCAGCCAACAGACCCCAUGGAGGUCUUCAGCAGGCAGCUAGAAGAUAUAAUUAACACCUAUGGCUCAGCAUCCAGCUUGAUGGAGGAGCAGAUCUCCAUCCUGGAGACUAAGGAGACAAUGGAGGGGGAGGAGGACAUAAAAGCUGAUGAAGAGGCUGCUCCCAAAGAAGCUGAAGCCAGCCAAAUGAAAGAGCAGAAGACUGAUAACAAACUCCUCAAGGGCCUGGGUAAAGAGGCCACAUCCUUAUUGCAAAGUCUGAACAAGCUCAGCUCACCAGAAGAUAAAGUGGAAAUGGUGUUGAAGAAAUACACAGAGAUGGUGGAAGAACACAGAUCUGAGAAGAAACAGCUGGAGCAGCUUCUGCAGAGGCAGGGUCUUCUGGUCAAGCAGAGAGAUCAGCUCCAGUUUGAGCACAGCCGUGCCAUCCUGGCCCGCAGCAAGCUGGAGUUGCUCUGCAGAGAGCUCCAGAGACAUAACAGCACACUGAAGGAGGAGAGUCUGCAAAGGCAGCAGGAGGAUGACUUGAAGCGGAAGGAGCUCACCACUCAUUUUCAGAGCACACUAGUGGACAUUCAGGCUCAGAUCGAGCAGCACAGCAGCCGCAACAACAAGCUGUGCCAUGAGAACAACGAGCUGGCCAACAAACUCAAGACCAUCGUAGAUCAGUACGAGCUCAGAGAGCAGAGUUUAGAGAAGAUCUUCAAGAACCGAGAUCUACAGCAGAAAUUGUCCGAUGUCAAACUGGAAGAAGCCAACAUGCUACUUAAUGAAGCCGUAGAGAAGCACAACAGAGAGAAGGAAUAUUUACUUACUCAGGCUGCUGAAUGGAAACUACAGGCUAAAGAGCUGAAAGAACAGCACACAGUCAUGCAGGCUCAGCUUGUGCUGUACUCCCAGAAGUUCGACGAAUUCCAGGUUACACUGGCAAAAAGCAAUGAAAUUUAUGCCACUUUCAAACAACAGAUGGAUAAGAUGACAAAGAAGAUGACAAAACUGGAAAAGGAGUCAAAUACAUGGAAGACAAGGUUUGAAAGCAGCAACAAAGCUCUUGUUGAUAUGAUAGAAGAGAGAUCUGAAAAGGCAAAAGAGUUUGAGCUCUUCACUUUGAAGAUUGAUCGUUUGGAGACUUUGUGCCAAGCCUUGCAGGAUGAGAGAAAAGUCCUGUACACCAAGAUUAAAGAAAUUCGUCUUCCGGAUCAGGCAGCCCCAGCACCUGCUGUGGACACGCCUCAAGAAGAUGAGUUUCCAGAGCUUGUCCAACCUUCUAUGCCAGCUCCAAAUCCUUCUCUGACCGCUGAGAUGAUGAGGUUGCGGGAAGAGCAGACACGCCUGCAGGAGUUUGCAGCCUCCUUGGUGACUCCCAUAACAGCUGACAUUGGGGAAUCGGACAGUGAGGAAGAGGAGGUAUCCGAGUCUCGACAAGAGGUACUAGCAAUUCCUGAGGUCCCACAACCUGAGCCCACCAAACAAGCAGAUAAAUCAGUAUUCAUCCAAGAGGAAACUUCUACCACUGAGGAAAACAAACCACAGGUUGUUGGAGUAAAUGAAGACAAGCCUUUGCCCACAGAGCUUGAACCAGCCCAAACUGAGACAGAAUCCAAACCUCCUCAAGAGCCUCCACAACCAGAGACCACAGAACAACAGACAGGAAAACAAAAGCCAGCCCAAGAGGAACCAAGCCAAGAACAAGUGGCAAAAAUAGAACCAAUCAAACAAGAGACCAUCAAACAAGAAUCUACUAAGCCAGAGCCUGUCAUAAAAGAAGAGGCAAUACAAGAUGAGAACAAAUUUGAAGCUGUUAAAUCUGAGCUACCUGAAGUAGACUCAACCAAACAAGAGCCCAUCAAAGAGGAGGAUGUUCAGAAAGAGGAAGCUGCUGAGGCACAGGCAGCAAAACCUAAAGCCCCAAAAUCUCAUGAGGUCAAGCCAAAGGCCAGCAAACCUCAGCCUAAAAAACAAGGUCCUGCCAAGAAGAAAGGUUCUGCUAAGGGUGUGAAGAAAAGCUAAGCCAAAUCAUACAGUGGGUACGGAAAGUAUUCAGACCCCCUUAAAUUUUUCACUCUUUGUUAUAUUGCAGCCAGUUGCUAAAAUCAUUUAAGUUCAUUUUUUUUUCCUCAUUAUUGUACACACAGCACCCCAUAUUGACAGAAAAACACAGAAUUGUUGACAUUUUUGCACAUUUAUUAAAAAAGAAAAACUGAAAUAUCAUAUGGUCCUAAGUAUUCAGUAUAUUUAUUUAAUAAAUGUGCAAAUCUAUAUUUUCUAAAUCAGUUUGUUUAAUGUAGCUGGAGUGUUUUGCUGUUAACAAGUUGCAUAUAGAAGAUGACAGACUUGUCAUAAGCCACUUUCCUUUAAGGAAGUUUACUUCAAG